UUCUGCGUAUACUGUGUAGUCUUAUCUCUCCAAGUCAAUCUUCUCAGUAUCUCUUAAAUUGCUCUUCCUCUGAUUCUCUCCAUCGCCAUUUGAAUUUGCUUUACCGGCAUAACUUUUGGUACAGGCCUUCACUUUUUCUUUCCCUCUCUGUGAUUUUCCUUGAAAAGAUUUUCAUUCUCUUUUUUGGGUUUUCUGGGUCUUGGUCUCUCCUGAUAUUUCCACUCACACUCUCCCACUCUUUAUCUCUCCUUUUCUUGUCACUUUCCUUGAAAUUUCUCGGCCUUCCAUAACUUUUUGGGAGACUAUUAGUCUCUUGUUGUAGGUAGAUUUUAAUUCUUCUCUCCGUUUCAAGCAGCUUCUCUUUAAUGUGUUUCACUCUCAGCUUUCUUUAUAUCCUCUCCCUCUUUAUUCUCUCAAAUGAAUCUGCCCCUUUUUGCCUACUCUAUCUCAGUCUUUAGCUCCGCACGCUCGCACUCUUCAUCUUCAAUGCCUACAAAGUGAUUCAGAGAGAAAACCCAUCUAUUCAAUCGAUGAAUACAAGUGUAAUGCCUCCAAUCAAAUACACUGAACAUCGCAGCUAUUCCAAGCUAAUUAGGCCUUCAAAUCCGGGUCAAGAAACAAAACCCAGAAUGAUUCGAAUCUCAGUCACGGAUGCAGAUGCGACCGAUUCUUCAAGCGACGAUGAAGGUGAGGUUUAUGGGAGACGGAGAGUGAAGAAGUUUGUGAACGAGGUUGUGCUAGAGUCCAGUAUGAGCCUUAACGAUGGCGUUUGGAGAAGGUCGUCUCGAAAUAGCUGGAAAAAAGCGAAAAAGUCUGUUAUAGCCGGAAAAGCUCGUAUCCCGGAUAGUCUUCGGCCGGCGGCGGCGGGAAAGAAGUUUCGAGGCGUAAGACAGCGGCCGUGGGGAAAAUGGGCCGCGGAGAUCAGAGACCCUUUGCGACGUGUACGUCUUUGGUUAGGCACGUAUGAUACGGCAGAGGAGGCUGCUAUGGUCUAUGACAACGCGGCUAUUCAGUUGCGUGGACCCGACGCGCUCACAAAUUUCGUCACUCCGCCUUCAAAACCCCAGCCGGAAAGCAAACCGGCUUUGUUUGGAGGUUACAACUCCGGAGACGAGUCUGUGGACAACAAUAUCGCAUCUCCGACCUCUGUGUUACGGUGCCCUUCUCCUUCUUCAAACGAGGAGGCCGAGACGCAUAGUGGGAUUUCAAGCAAAGAAAGCCCAGAAGUGGUAGGCGAGCACCUCGAAGAGUCAAGUACUCUGUUUCCGCAAGACAUGUUCGAUUUUCCGAGUUCUGUGCCGGACGUCGUCGGCGAAACAAGUCUGAGAACCGGGUUCUGGAACGACGAUUUUGGCGAUACAUUCCUAAAUUCGUGUAUGGAUUUCGGGUUCGGGUUCUCAAAUUGGCACGUUGAGGAACAUUUCCAAGAUAUAGGUGAUUUGUUCGGGUCGGAUCCUCUCAUUGCCAUGUGAAGCUUCUGUAUUGCCAUUAUUGCCCUUCUCUUCAGGCAAAAUUUUGAAUCGGCGGGAAGAACAUAUCGGCUGCGUUUUUUUAAUUUAUUUUUUUUUGUGGUUUAUUAUUUAUUAAUUAAUUAUAAAUAUUAAUGAAAAAGAAUCUCUGUCACAAUAACGGUGAUGGAUGAGUUUGUGUA